AUGUUCUCCCGCGCCUCCUCUUUGACCGCCUUGAGUAGAAGCUGUCGCUAUCUUCUGCGCCCUCAAGUUCCCACCCGGGCCUUUUCUCUGACCGCGCGCUCUCACGCCGCCAUCAACGCUGCCAUGGCCGACACAUCUGGAAUCACUGCUGAUUCUCUGAAGAACAAGUUGACUGAGACGCUACAGGCGGUGCAUGUGGAGGUCGAGGACCUUUCUGGUGGUUGUGGACAGGCAUUCCAAGCCGUCAUUGUCUCCCCCCAGUUCGAGAGCAAGACCAUGCUUGCUCGACACCGUCUUGUCAACUCCGCCCUGAAGGCGGAGAUCGCUGCUAUCCAUGCUUGGACUCCUAAGUGCUAUACCCCCGAGCAGUGGCAAGCACUGCAGCAGUAA